AACCGGCGGAAAGGCUAGAGCUAAAGCCAAGACUCGUUCAUCCAGGGCUGGACUUCAGUUCCCCGUGGGACGUGUGCACAGGCUUCUGCGUAAAGGCAACUAUGCCGAGCGCGUCGGUGCCGGCGCUCCGGUCUACCUGGCCGCAGUGUUGGAGUAUCUGACCGCUGAGAUCCUGGAGUUGGCCGGUAACGCCGCCCGUGAUAAUAAGAAGACUCGUAUCAUUCCCCGCCACUUGCAGCUCGCCGUGCGUAACGACGAGGAGCUGAACAAACUGCUUGGCGGAGUAACCAUCGCUCAAGGUGGUGUGCUACCCAACAUUCAGGCUGUGCUUCUGCCUAAAAAGACCGAGAAGGCCGUCAAGACCAAGUAAACUCGUCCACCGCUGCUUUGUCAGUACCCAAAGGCUCUUUUAAGAGCCACCAUCUCUGCUUCAAAAGUGCAGUUUUUACACCCGUUUUUCUACUGAAGUCAGCACGUUUAUUAAUAAUAAUAAUAGUGGUAGUUAGCCUGUUGCUUAAAUGAAAUCUAAGGGGUGAAAGUGCACUUCUAAGACAGCAUAUUUAUAAAUAAAAAAGGACUCGAUAAUUUUCUAGUCAUGAUUUGAUACCAUAUUUAAGUAAUGACUAUAAGAACUAUAAUAGCAGUUAGCGUGCUGGUUAAAUGAAGUCUGAGGAGUGAAAAUGGUUUGUGACGGCGUUGUGUGUGUUCCUAAUGAACAAAGCAGAGAGCGCGCCAAUAGAAUUGUGGCGGGCGUCUUGUGUUUCGAACGGAGGCAGAGAAGACGGUCCAAUAGUCAACAGGUGACGUAAAACGUUCUAUCGAAUAGCAGACGAGCGCGUUCGAGAUGCCCAAUCAGCGCAGGGUGGCGUUAUGGCUUAAAAAGGCCGCGUUCGUGCGCGCCGUUUAUCCUGUUUUUCUAUCCGUGAAGCGCAGAGCUCGACACUAUGGCAAGAACCAAGCAGACCGCCCGUAAGUCCACCGGUGGCAAAGCGCCAAGGAAGCAGCUCGCUACUAAGGCUGCUCGCAAGAGUGCGCCGGCUACCGGCGGCGUGAAAAAGCCUCAUCGUUACAGGCCCGGCACCGUGGCUCUGAGGGAGAUCCGCCGUUAUCAGAAGUCUACUGAGCUGCUCAUCCGCAAGCUGCCCUUCCAGCGCCUGGUGAGAGAAAUCGCUCAGGACUUCAAGACCGACUUGCGUUUCCAGAGCUCGGCCGUCAUGGCCCUGCAGGAGGCGAGCGAGGCAUACCUGGUCGGUCUGUUCGAGGACACCAACCUGUGCGCUAUCCACGCCAAGAGAGUGACCAUCAUGCCCAAGGAUAUUCAGCUGGCCCGCCGUAUUCGCGGAGAACGCGCUUAAACCACAACUCCGUCUAAUAUACACAAAGGCUCUUUUAAGAGCCACUUCCUCGUCUC